AUGGGCUCGAUAAGCAGUCCCACCAUCGACCCAGAUGUUCACCUCGUCAUCUCUGCCUGUCCAGGCUAUGGCCACAUCCGACCCCUACGCUCAAUGGCACAGAGUCUGAGCAGCGUGGGCGUACCGAUGACCUUCAUCACUGCAUCACAUUUCGCCAACAGUCUCACCCAUAUAGAUGGUCUUGAAUUCGUGCCGCUGUCAGGCAAGGCAAACUACACCAUGGACAGACUGAACGACUACUUUCUUGACCGCGCCAACCAACCCAAAGGACCGUUUCAGUUCCUCUGGGAUCUCGAACACAUCUUCUUCGGCUGUUUACCAGAGCAGCACGCUGCCCUUCAGUCCGUCAUCACCCGACCUGAGCUGGCGAGGAAGAAGAUCAUUCUGAUCUCCGAUGUGUCUUUCACGGGACCUAUGCCUAUGAUGCUCGAGAGUCCUGGAACACGUCGGGUACCAUUAAUAGGAGUCUCCUUCUUCCCCAUAGCCGUGCAAAGCAAAGACACCGCGCCCUUCGGCAUGGGUCUACCCAGCCAAGGCGAAGCCAAAAACAUGGAACUGAACGCGCAAGCAACGGCGAUGCUGACACCAGUUCGAAACGUCCUUGAUCGCGUUCUAGAACCUUUCAAUUGCCAGAAGCCGCUUCCGCAUCCGAAUCCAGUCGACUGCUGGUUCCUAACACCAGACCUACUACUACAACUUUGCAUCCCAGCCAUGGAAACCCCGCGCUCUGAUCUCCGCCCCAACGUGCGCUUCAUCGGGACCUUCCUCGGCGCGAACUCCUCCCGUCCACCACCAGAUUGGUUCGACGACUUCGUCAUAAACUCCCAUUCCAACCACCCACUUGUGAUCGUCUCCUCCGGCUCCCUCCCAGGCACCGACGCCGCAGACCUCAUCCUUCCCACAAUAACAGCCUGCUCGACCCUCCCCGUCCGCCUCAUCGUCUGCGCCGUCUCCGUCCAGAAACCUGCGAGCUUCGACCUCCCCGAGAACUGCAGGUGGGCAGAAUGGAUCCCCUUUGAACUCCUGCUUCCGCACGUCAACCUCGUGGUCAAUAAUGGCGGCUAUAGCGCCAUAUCCCAAGCCUUCGCCGAGGGGAUACCCAUGGUCGUUGCAGGCGUGACGGAAGAUAAAGCUGAAGCUACUGCGAGGGCGGCGGCGACGGGCGCGGCAGUCAAUCUGGCUACGCAGACGCCUGGUGCGGAGCAGAUUAGGGAGGCAGUGGAGAAGGUUUUGGGGGAAAGGAGGUAUAAGGAGAGGGCGAUGGAGUUGAAGGAGGAUUUUGCGAGGUGUGAUGCCGUGGGGAGUAUGGUGCAGGCUAUUAAUGAGAUGGCUGAGAAGUUCUAUGGUGGAGGUAGUGACUAG